GAAGGGGGAUGCUCGCCCAUCGCUACCCUGCCGCCCUGCAAGCCUGGCCAGAAAGGCUUCCCCUGUGGGCGCGGUGCAGCCCUGGACCGGCCUGGGGACGCCGCUUGCGCCCAAGCGUCCUCUAGGAUCGGUGUGGCCUCAAAGGGAGCGCCAGGGUCUGAUGCCUUGGAGGAACCCCUGCCUUGCACUUCCCUCUGAAGAGGAAGAGGAGCCCCUGCCUUGCUCUCUCCGGGAUCCCGUGACCAGGUCGCAUCAGGAACCCUGAAUGUCCACGGCCCAUUUCGUCAACAUGGAGUUCUGAAGUCCAUGUGGCUCCUUGCGGCGCACCAGGUGCUAAGGAAAAUGCAGAGGCGCCACAGUAGCAACACGGACAAUAUCCCACCUGAAAGAAGCCGCAGCCAGGCGCUCAGCCCCGAGGCCAGCGUGGAUGAAGGUGGUGUGUUUGAGAGCCUGAAGGCAGAGGCGGCCUCCCCUCCCGCGCUUUUCUCAGGCCUGGCAGGUGGCCUGCCUGCCAACCCCUUCCCAGCAGGCCUGGUCCUGGGCUCCACAGGAGGUGGCGGGGACGUGUUCAUCCCGAUGCCAGCCACCAGGGACGAGGCCGGUGGCCGCAGCACCGAAGGCAGCACCUACCACCAUCGCCAAUCCCACCACCACUUCCACCAUGCUGCCCACCGCGGGGGCUCCCUGCUGCAGCACGUGGGUGGGGACCACCGUGGGCACUCCGAGGAAGGGGUGGACGAGCAGCCCGGGACUCCAGCGCCCGCACUGUCCGAGCUGAAGGCUGUGAUCUGCUGGCUGCAGAAAGGACUACCCUUUAUCCUCAUCCUGCUGGCCAAACUGUGCUUCCAGCACAAGCUCGGCAUCGCUGUGUGCAUCGGGAUGGCCAGUACCUUCGCCUAUGCGAACUCCACCCUCCGGGAGCAGGUGUCGUUGAAGGAGAAGAGAUCGGUCCUGGUCAUCUUGUGGAUUCUGGCCUUCCUGGCGGGGAACACGCUGUAUGUCCUUUACACCUUCAGCUCCCAGCAACUCUACAGCAGCCUCAUAUUCCUGAAGCCCAACCUGGAGACACUGGAUUUCUUUGACCUGCUAUGGAUCGUGGGGAUCGCGGACUUUGUGCUGAAGUACAUCACCAUUGCCCUCAAGUGCCUCAUCGUGGCCCUGCCUAAAAUCAUCCUGGCCGUCAAGUCCAAGGGAAAGUUUUAUCUGGUCAUCGAGGAGCUGAGCCAGCUGUUCAGGUCGCUCGUCCCCAUCCAGCUGUGGUACAAAUACAUCAUGGGGGACGACUCUUCCAACAGCUACUUCCUAGGAGGGGUCCUGAUUAUUCUCUACAGCCUGUGCAAGUCUUUUGACAUCUGUGGUCGCGUGGGUGGAGUCAGGAAAGCACUGAAGCUCCUUUGCACCUCUCAGAAUUACGGGGUCCGAGCCACAGGACAGCAGUGCACAGAGGCGGGCGCCAUCUGCGCCAUCUGCCAGGCUGAGUUCCGAGACCCUAUGAUUCUCCUGUGCCAGCACGUGUUCUGUGAGGAGUGUCUCUGCCUGUGGCUGGACCGGGAGCGCACCUGCCCGCUCUGCCGCUCGGUUGCCGUGGAUACCCUGCGCUGCUGGAAGGAUGGGGCCACGUCGGCACACUUGCAGGUGUACUGAGCUGAACACAAGUGUCUGGAGAUGCCAGAGGGCCCGGCACGGCUGAGCCCAGCCCCGAGGAUUCCUGGGAAGACCUCCAGCGCUUUCUCCUGCCUUCCACCACCUCCACCUGAUGGCCCCAGGGUCUCCCCACCGACAAAUUUCUCAUCACCCUGGUGCAGUGUGUGCAUCCUGCCCCGCCAGAAAGGGAAGCCCUCCUCACUCAGGCGUGGCUUCCCUGCAGGUAGGUGGUCCGUCCCCUCGAAAUGGAGGAAUUGCCCUUACACAAUCUCCCCUUAUUUAACUGCUCCUAGCUGCUGCUGGUACUCGAUGCUACAAACCGGCAUGAGCUGAAAGAGUGCAGCCUCUCGCAUGUGACCCAGGUCUGCAAAUGAGAGCCACUGGGGAGAAAGUUCAACACACAUGAGCACCAGGCUUCACCCACCUCCGGGAGGUCACCGAGAUAAGAAGCGAGGUGUGGUCACCCAGCUAGCACAGGCGAUGGGUCUCCGGCUCUGCCUGGUGCUGUUGCUGCAAGUACAGGGAACAGCAGAGCUAGCUUGUCGGAAGCACAGAGGCUGUUCUCCUGUCCCCACACUGGCUGAGGAUCAGUGGCCUGGGCACACAGCGGAGGCAGACUCUGCUGAGCGCGCAGGCUCUGAAUGCUGGCUCCUGAAGUCAAAUGGUGGGAACCGUGGAAAGACUUGACCUUCCCGAGUCCUUGUUUCCCGGGCUCUGCCAGGGACAGCCCAUCUCCAAAGGGUCCAGAAGUGCAUGCUACCGGGCCUCUGUCAUCUCUCCUCUCCUCAUUCUCUUCUGUACUGUCCCUCGCUGACAGCUCAGGCCUUGUGCAAAGCUCUGGUGGACAUGGCUACCCCUCCUGGGAGCCUUGGGGAGCUAACAGUUCAAUCCACGUCAUAGAUGGCACACGGCUCAGGAGCACUCAGUCCGUUUUUCCUUCCCUCUAGUGAGUUAAUUAGCUCUGAGAAACAACAGUCCUUCCAGAGUCUCUAAAAGACUGCUUUAUAUCUUUAACCGAACGCCGGAGAGGGACCACAGGGAACGCUGGGAGCAGGCACCCAGGUGCACUUCACUCAAGUCUCUAAGACACAGCUGCUUCUCCUGUCUCUCUGCUUGGAAACCUGGGUUAAGAUAGCACAGGUGACCGCACAGAAGCCUCUGGAAGCCUGCCUUCACCCUCUCCCAACUCUGUUCUCUCAUUGUCAACAUCCUCACGACAGGCUGGCCCCAGCCACAUUUGAGAAAACAGUGUACAGCCAGUGGGCAGAUUAGCAUACAUGCCCUGGGGGAGAUGGGGGCCUCACUGCCAUCUCCCUCCCCAACAGUAGAUUCAGGACUCAUGCCCGCCCCCCACCCCUCUCCUGGACUUUUUCUUUUGCUUGGUCUCCUUGGCUCUUUCCUGGUACCAGCAAGACACACUUUCCAGGAGACCACGGCAUUCUUUAAGCUCUGUUACUAUGGCAAUAGCCGUGAUGUUAAACAAUCUCGCUGUCUGGAUGUUCUAAGAGGAGAGGGAGGAUGGGUCCCUCUGUUCUCUCUGGCCCGAGGGGGUACCUAGGGAGAGCAGUGGAGCCGCCUGCAAGUUGUUUUUAUCAGAGAGAUCGCUUUGUCUGCAUUGUGGAGGGGUCGGAGCUGGCGGAGACUCACAGAAGUGUAGUGUCGGGUAGAGCAGAGGCUGCCAUUGGAGUUCAGGCUUGGGAAAGGCGACUCGCAGCUCUGCAUGACUCCGCGAUGUCCCUGUAGCCAUCAGUGGGGCUGCUUUUAAAACCUAGCAUGUUACAUGCUGGGACCGAGAAAGCUAACAGGUCUUCAGGUGUAGUUCAGUGAGUAGAGCGCUUGCCUAGCAUGCAGGAAGCCCCAAGUUCCAUGCCCGGCACCACAUAAACGAGGCAUGGCUGUGCACACCUGUCAUGCCAGCCCUGGGAAGUAGAGGCAGGAGGAUUAGAAGUUCAGGGUCCUUCCUUGGCUACAAAGCAAGUUCCAGGAUAGCCUGGGCUACAUGAGACUUUAAAAGGGAGAGAAAAUGUACACUAACAGCGUGGGUCACUGGUGAGUGCUCCAAUGGUUUUACCACCCACCCCCAUUACUUUUCUAGCACUGUGUAAAUAUAAACUAUACACCUGCCAUAUAAAGAAUGCCACCGGUCGGGGCAUUCCCUAGAGACAGUGAGCUGAUGGAGUCUAGGAUCUUAUUUGCUCAGGGGUUUUCUUCCAGGUUAGCUGACUCCACCUCUGCCCUAGCAAAGGCAGAGUUUCCCACACACCGAGCUAUGGGAAGGGUGUCCCCCGGAGAUCCCUGCCACAGUCCUCGUCUGCAUUGGCACGUGAGUCCUUUGUAUCCAGGGGUUCUGUCUCUGGCUCCCAGUCUUUUGUGGGUCACAGGCUCAGAUGGCACUGAGUCCCCAGUGUCUUGUUUGUGCAGAAGAACCUGAGAAUAACGGAUGUAGGGAGGGGCCGGAGAGAGGGCAGAGUGGUUAAGAGUGCUUACUGCUCCUCCCCGGCCUGAGUGCAGCUCCCAGCUCCAGCUCCAGGGAAUGGGAAGC